AUGAUGUUCCACAGAAAGACACAGUUUAACGUUCGGCUCGUGGCCUUGAGGGACCUGAAGGUUCAUCUCGUCACUCGUCCCAAAGAGCUGCUGAGGCUGAGGGUCCGACCUCAGUCGCACCUGCCCUGCCCCACCCUGCCACAUCUGCUGCCUGAGGAGACCCCUGAGAAGUACCACCAUCCCACACGAGCUGUUCUGCAGAGAUACAUGGAGCUGAGGGACCAGGGCAGGUAUGGACCUCCAGAGCUGAGGGACCAGGGCAGGUAUGGACCUCCAGAGCUGAGGAGCCAGGGCAGGUAUGGACCUCCAGAGCUGAGGGACCAGGGCAGGUAUGGACCUCCAGAGCUGAGGAGCCAGGGCAGGUAUGGACCUCCAGAGCUGAGGGACCAGGGCAGGUAUGGACCUCCAGAGCUGAGGAGCCAGGGCAGGUAUGGACCUCCAGAGCUGAGGGACCAGGGCAGGUAUGGACCUCCAGAGCUGAGGAGCCAGGGCAGGUAUGGACCUCCAGAGCUGAGGAGCCAGGGCAGGUAUGGGCCUCCAGAGCUGAGGGACCAGGGCAGGUAUGGGCCUCCAGAGCUGAGGAGCCAGGGCAGGUAUGGACCUCCAGAGCUGAGGAGCCAGGGCAGGUAUGGACCUCCAGAGCUGAGGAGCCAGGGCAGGUAUGGACCUCCAGAGCUGAGGAGCCAGGGCAGGUAUGGGCCUCCAGAGCUGAGGGACCAGGGCAGGCAUGGGCCUCCAGAGCUGAGGGAGCCAGGGCAGGUAUGGACCUCCAGAGCUGAGGAGCCAGGGCAGGUAUGGACCUCCAGAGCUGAGGGACCAGGGCAGGUAUGGACCUCCAGAGCUGAGGAGCCAGGGCAGGUAUGGGCCUCCAGAGCUGAGGACCAGGGCAGGUAUGGGCCUCCAGAGCUGAGGAGCCAGGGCAGGUAUGGGCCUCCAGAGCUGAGGGACCAGGGCAGGUAUGGGCCUCCAGAGCUGAGGAGCCAGGGCAGGUAUGGGCCUCCAGAGCUGAGGGACCAGGGCAGGUAUGGGCCUCCAGAGCUGAGGAGCCAGGGCAGGUAUGGGCCUCCAGAGCUGAGGAGCCAGGGCAGGUAUGGGCCUCCAGAGCUGAGGAGCCAGGGCAGGUAUGGGCCUCCAGAGCUGAGGGACCAGGGCAGGUAUGGACCUCCAGAGCUGAGGGACCAGGGCAGGUAUGGACCUUCAGAGCUGAGGAGCCAGGGCAGGUAUGGGCCUCCAGAGCUGAGGAGCCAGGGCAGGUAUGGGCCUCCAGAGCUGAGGAGCCAGGGCAGGUCCACAGCGAAGGAACCAGAGGAUGACUCAGCCGUUAUGGACCAGCUGUGGAGAGAGAUAGGAGAGGGAAAGCACACGGACAGCACACAGGAAACCUCCAGCCACUCAGAGGAAGAAGAGGAGGAGGAGCAGGAGGAGGAGCAGAAGGAGGAGAAAGAGGAGGAGCAGGAGGAGGAGCAGGAGGAGGAGCAGGAGGAGGAGCAGGAGCAGCAGAGCGAGCUGAAGAAGGAUCUAGAGACGGAGCAGCAGAUCCGCCGUUUGUUCCUUCAGGACUGCACCGUAGAGCAGUUGCGGCUGAAGGAUCUGAGUGAACAGCGAGAGUCUAAGCAGAGACACAUCUCCAAACUGCAGGAGCGGCUGAAGGCCCUGGGGGCAGACUUUGUGGCGUCUCUGGGAGUCUACAAUAAGUGUGAAGAGUUCCUCACCAAAGUCUACAAGAAGAACGUCAAGAAAGUGGUAGAGGAUGAUGACAGUCAGGAUGAUGAAGACUGGAGCGAUGAUGAUGAUGAUGAUGAUGAUGUAGACGACAGCGUCUGUCCUCCACGUGGACAGACAAGCAUUGACUCUGACACUGACUCUAACACUGACACUGACUCUGACACUGACUCUGACUCUGACACUGACACUGACUCUGACACUGAUACUGACACUGACACUGACACUGACUCCGACACUGAUACUGACACUGACUCUGACACUGACUCUGAUACUGACACUGACACUGACUCCGACACUGACUCUGACACUGAUACUGACACUGACUCUGACACUGACUCUGACUCGGACUCUGACACUGAUACUGACACUGACUCUUACACUGACACUGACACUGACUCUGACACUGACACUGACACUGACUCUGACACUGAUACUGACACUGACACUGACUCUGACACUGAUACUGACACUGACACUGACACUGACUCUGACACUGAUACUGACACUGACUCCGACACUGACUCUGACACUGAUACUGACACUGACUCUGACACUGACUCCGACACUGACUCUGACACUGACUCUGACACUGACUCUGACACUGAUACUGAUACUGACACUGAUACUGACACUGACACUGACACUGACUCUGACACUGAUACUGACACUGACUCCGACACUGACUCUGACACUGAUACUGACACUGAUACUGACACUGACACUGACUCCGACACUGAUACUGACACUGACUCUGACACUGACUCUGAUACUGACACUGACACUGACUCCGACACUGACUCUGACACUGAUACUGACACUGACUCUGACACUGACUCUGACUCGGACUCUGACACUGAUACUGACACUGACUCUUACACUGACACUGACACUGACUCUGACUCUGACACUGACACUGACUCUGACACUGAUACUGACACUGACACUGACACUGACACUGACACUGACUCUGACACUGAUACUGACACUGACUCCGACACUGACUCUGACACUGAUACUGACACUGACUCUGACACUGACUCCGACACUGACUCUGACACUGACUCUGACACUGACUCUGACACUGAUACUGAUACUGACACUGAUACUGACACUGACACUGACACUGACUCUGACACUGAUACUGACACUGACUCCGACACUGACUCUGACACUGAUACAGACACUGACUCUGACACUGACUCCGACACUGACUCUGACACUGACUCUGACACUGACACUGAUACUGACACUGAUACUGACACUGACACUGACUCUGACACUGACUCUGACUCGGACUCUGACACUGAUACUGACACUGACUCUUACACUGACACUGACACUGACUCUGACUCUGACACUGACACUGACUCUGACACUGACACUGACUCUGACACUGAUACUGACACUGACUCUGACACUGACUCUGACACUGACUCUGACUCGGACUCGGACUCUGACACUGACACUGAUACUGACACUGACACUGACACUGACACUGACUCUGACACUGACUCUGACACUGACACUGACACUGACUCUGACUCUGACUCUGACUCUGAUACUGACACUGACACUGACACUGACACUGACUCUGACACUGACUCUGACACUGACUCUAACUCUGACACUGAUACUGACACUGACACUGACACUGACUCUGACUCUGACUCUGACUCUGACUCUGACUCUGACUCUGACACUGACUCUGACUCUGACUCUGACUCGGACUCGGACUCGGACUCGGACUCGGACUCGGACACUGAUACUGACACUGACAGUGACACUGAUACUGACUUUGACUGA